ACGUCUUCUCAACAAAACAUCAUUUUAAAUUUUCAGACGUUUGCAAAAAUGGCGCGUUUAAAAUAAAAUCCUCCAAAUUUUUCUUUUUAAUUUUGUGUUUAAUUUCUUCAAUUUCUAUUUAAUAAUUCUUGCACUUUUACAAUUUCAAUUAAAUCUCUAACAAAAUGUCUGAUAAUCGUGAACCGAUUAGUGUUCGCACAACUCGAUUGAAUAAUUUAAUUUUGGGCAACUGGAAAGCAUCAACAAAAAACAGUCGCGCUGUAGCAGAUGCAAUUUCACGAGAAGGUCUUUUGGAUGCCUUUUGUUUGCUAUACAACGAAUGUGAUAAAGAUGCUCUUAAGAAAAGGGAUAAAAACAUUUCAGAAUUUGUUGCUAAAUAUCGACCAAUUGUGGAUGAAACAAAUGCACUUCGUGUGAGUGCAAGUGAUUUCACUGUGAAAACCUUGAUUGGCAAGGGUUACUUUGGUAAUGUUCAUCUUGCCGUUGAAAAGACUUCGGGAGAUGUUUAUGCGAUGAAGAAGAUCAAAAAAUCCGUUGUGACAACAUCGCAAGUGAAAGAAGAACGCGAUAUAAUGUCUCGCAGGAGUUCCGAAUGGAUAACAAAUCUUCAAUAUGCUUUUCAGGACAAUGAAUAUCUCUAUUUGGUUAUGGAGUAUUUGCCGGGUGGAGAUUUGCUCAGUUUGAUGAGUCGCAACGGACCAUUUGAUGAAGAUUUGGCUCGAUUCUAUUUGGCAGAGUUAACUUUAGCCAUACAUGCUCUUCAUUCAAUGGGAUAUGUCCAUAGAGAUAUUAAACCUGAGAAUAUCCUGAUAGAUCGUUUUGGUCACAUUAAAUUGGCUGAUUUUGGAAAUGCUGCUGCUUUAAAUCGAGAUGGAAAUGUUUUUAGUUCUUCACCAGUUGGUACACCGGAUUACAUUGCUCCGGAACUGUUGGAGACGAUUUCUACAUGCAGACUGACCAAGUCUUUACAUAGCGUAAGUUGUGAUUUCUGGUCCAUGGGAAUUAUUGGUUACGAGCUUAUUUGCGAAGUUACACCAUUUCAUGAAGAUAAUGUUCACGAGACUUAUUCCAAAAUCCUAACCCACUGCGAAGAAAGUCAUUCAAAAGAAAUCAUAUCAUUCCCGAGUGACUUAAAAAUCAGCACCAACUUUAAAAAUCUCAUUCUCUCAUUAGUUACAAAUCCCUCCAAUCGAAUUGACUACACUCAAAUCCGAAAACAUCCAUAUUUCGAGAAUAUCAAAUGGGAUUCCUUGCGUCAUCAAGUUCCACCUCAUAUACCAAAUGUUAAUGGCGAAGAUGAUACAUCGAAUUUCGAUGAUAUCGAACGAUACAAAGAUCGCCUUAGUACUUAUUCGAAGAGACCUGUCACAACUAAUGUAAAAACAAACGAAUUCUCUGGUAAAGAUCUGCCAUUCUUGGGUUAUAGUUUCAUUCAUAUGGAAAGGCAUGACGAAGUCGAUAACUUAUCGAAGAUCAACGACGAUGCUAGAAUAACAAAACUAACUUUAAAACUUAAAGAACUCCAAAUAAAAAUUAAAGACCAAAUGGAAGAGAUUAACUCUUUGAAGCAAGGUCUUCUCAAAGCCGAACAAAUUGCCAAACACUCUGAUUCUCAAGGAAAGAUUCUAAAUGAAGCUAAAGAUGAAAUUACAAAAAUGAAGAAUCGUUUAAAGGAAAAAACCAUGGAAUUGGCUGCCUGUAAAACACAAAUGAAAACUCUGCAAAGUACAGUUAAAAUCGAAGAAGAAAUGUGGCAAAAGAAGGAAGCUACCAUAACCGAGUUACUUCGAUUGAAUCGACAAAAAUACGAAGAGGCAAAGAUUCAAUCAGAACAACGAUAUGAGAAACAAAUUGCUGAAAAGAAGAAUGAAAUAGUCAGUGUUCUAUCGAAGUUGGAUGCUCGUGAUAAUGAAUUAAUGGCCAAAGUAGAAGAGUGUCAACAUUUGCAAGAAAAAAUGGCAAACUAUAAGAAAAUGCUUGACACAAUCAAAGAGCAAGCUCUGUCUGAUCAAGAGGAAUUUGAAAAGAAUAAAAAAACACUCACAGAUACUUAUGAACAGAAGAUGAUAGAAUUCAGAGCUAUGCUCCGUCAGGAAAAGGAUAACAAGUCCCGACUUACUAUGGAACUCCGUGAUGUUCGCAGUGAACUUAAUGACAGUAUUUGCUCCUCACGAAGCAACCAGGAAGUGAAGAUAGCCGCUGACAGAAAUAUUGAUGAAAUGAAACGUCGAUUGAAUCGUGAAAUUGAGGCAAAUAACAAUCUUCGUUCCGAAAAUGCUCGUAUCCAGAAGGAGAGUGCUGAGAAGGAAAAAGCAGUCGUGGAGCUCAAGCAAGCCGUUGAGAAACUUGAACGUGAGUUGCAAGUUUCCGAAUGUAGUAGAAGUUUGACCCAAGCUCAAAAAGAUUCUGAAAGUAAAGCUUCCUCACCCUAUCAAACGGCCCAUGGCAGUCUCACCGAUUUGCGUGCCAUUGAAGAGCAACUCCGAUCAGAUUUGCAGGUUGCCAAAGAGAAUGAAGACACUCAACGCCAAAGGGCUGACAAUUUACAAGAAGUUGUUGAGAAGCUUGAAGAAAUGGUUGCCAAAUUCAGUGAACAACCAAAAAGCGUUGGUGAUAUGCUCGAGAAGCAAAAUGAAAAAUUGGAAGAUAAGUUGGCUGCAGCCCGAGAACAGAUGAUUGUGGAACGUCAAUCGGCAAGAACAGCCAAUUUGAAUUUGUGGAAGGUCGAGAAGCAACUGGAAGAUGUUUUACAUGAAAAGAAAUUGACUCAACGAAGAAUGGAACUCACGGAAGAGAAAAUGAAGAAGAUUGUCGGAGAAAAGGACAAUAUGGAGAGAAAAAUGAAUGACGCUUUGGCAGAAGUUAAACAUAAAGAAACUCGAAUUAAUGAGUUGAAGGAUGAAAUUGGUAGUUUGAAGCGAGAAAUUCAAAAGGAGCAUAAAAUGUGGGAGAAGGCCGAACAGGAAAGAAUGAAGGAGAAAUCAGAGGUUGUCGAGCAAAUAUCGAACGUUCAUCGUUUGGAAGAACGUGUUUCUGAGCUUCGUCAGAAACUCUUACAAACACAACAGAAACAUGACUUCCUCAGUUUGGAAAAUAAGAAACUCCUCCGUGAAGUGAACGAAGAACGAGAAAAAUCAUCAAAUGCUAUCGAUUCAGCAUCUGAAAUUCAAAUCAAAUUAAAGAAUCUUGAAGAUAACUACGAACGAUUGAAAUACGCCUGCACCAUAACCGAUAAUCAAUUGACCGAAGUCGAGGCAAUGUUGGAAGCCGAACAAAAACGCAAUCAAUCAAAUCAAGAAAAGAUUGAUGCUCUCUACAAGAGUGUUCGUGAAAAAGACGAGACCAUUACUAAAUUGAGAAAAACUAUCCACGAAGAACAUGCCAAUAAGCUGGGAGCUGAAGGUCGUAUUAAUCAUUUGGUUGGCGAGUCUGACGAUUUAAGAUUGAAUUUGGAACAAGUUCAAAAGAAACUAAUUGCCCAACAAAAUCAAUUGAUUGAACAGACAAAUCAAUUGUUUGAAACUCAAGAAAAAGUUGAAGUUCUAUCAACUGAUUCGAAUAAUUUGCAAAUUCUGAAUGAAAACUAUGAUAAAGAGAUUCAAAUUUUGAAGGAAGAGAAUGCUAGAAUUCUAACUGAGCUCUUUAGAUCCAAAGAAGAUUGUCAUCGAAUUCAAAAUGAAUUGAAGGAAGCUCACAAUGAAGUGUCUGAGUUAAGACAAGAAAUUGAAGAACUUAAUGGAACACUUGCCGAACGACAGAAUUACUAUGUACAGCGAGAUAUCAAAAGUGAGGCGACUUUGGGACAACACAAAAAACUAAUCGACUAUUUGCAACUUAAAGUUGAAGAUUUGUUGCAGAAAAAGAAGAAGACACUAGCUGAUAAGAUCUUUGGUACAAGUACCACAUCUGGGAAAAAAGAAAACAUCUCUCCAAAUGCUGUGGAGGCAUCGAUUCUAUAUAGAACUUUGCAAGAAGAGUUGAAGCGAGAGAAACAGAAAUCUAAAUCAUUGCAAGAACAAAUUAAUAAAAUAACUAACGGAGGAAGUGGAACACCAACGAAGAACAAGUCGCCACUCAAAGAGAAGACAGACAAAUCAGAAAACGCAUCUGUUAAGCGAGUGAGCACUGGAAAACGCAGGACAUAUCAAACUCAUCGAUUUGAGUUGAGUCUUCAGGAGACAAAUGGCACAAAUGGAGAUUGUAUUGCUUGCAAGGAACCUAUCAUGGCUGGUUCUCCUUACUGGAAAUGCAAAGAAUGUAAAGGAGCAACUCAUAGAAAGUGCAGGAGUGACGUAAGCACUUCAUGCGAUGGCAUUGAAUCAUCUGUUGUACCAGCAGAAAAAGACGCAGAUAAUGAAAAAAUUGAAAACACUGAUUCUCUAUCGUUGGCUAGUAAAUUUUCUUAUGAACCCACUGCUCCUGAGCAAAGUGAAUCGAAUUUUUCAACUGGUUAUGGAGGAACUUUGAUUUUGAAUGGAACAUUCCAUACUCCAGCUUUGGAGGUUAAUUGUGCCUUUGAAAUGAUUGAUAAUGUACUUCUUCUAGGAUGCAGUAAUGGAUUGUUUACAUAUCACAUCGAUUCGAAGAAUUUAGUUCAUAUAGGUGGAAUUGAUAGUGUCAACUGUAUUGCCAUUACAACUAGCCUAGCUAAAGCUAUUCUUGUUGGUUCUGGAGGAGAAUAUCUCUAUCAAUGUGAUUUGCGACACUUGCAAACCCGAUCUCAGUCGAAUGCUUGCAUGAAACCAGUCUUGGAAUCGUCUGUUCUUGAUCUCCCAUUUGCUAAUCGUGCUGCAAAUGAAAAGUGGCAAUUGGUGAAGAUCUCUGGUGAAGCAGAAAAUCCUGUAGAGACUGUAGCUGUUGCUGCAACUUCAACACGCAUUGUGAUUCUCAAAUAUGAUCUGAAGAUGCAGAAGUUUAAGCCUGUAAGGGCUUUGGAUACGGCCACUUCGGUGUCGUCGAUUUUAUUCACACGACAUACUGCCAUUGUAAGUUCGGAUAAGUUUUUCGAAAUCGACUUUGGUACUUACACAGCCGAAGAGUUUGUUGAUCUCUCCGAUCAGACUCUCAGUCAUACCCGCUCUUGUCAGCCAGUUGUUGCCAUUCGUGUGAGUCAACAAGAAUUUCUACUAUGUUUUAUGGAAUGUGGAGUUUUUGUCGAUGAAUAUGGCUGUCGAUCUCGCCCAUACGAUGUCAAUUGGGAAUACACACCAACUGGUUUUAUGUACCGGGCGCCAUUUUUGUAUAUUUCACAUUUCCAAACUGUUCAGAUUCUUCGUUUGCAUCGAUCAUACACAAAUGAGAUUGGUGAUCGAGAACAAGACACAACUGAUGAGGAAGCUGGACCUCCAUUCCAACGAACAUAUUUGACACUCUACAUGCCAACUCUUGUAGCUGAGAGUGAAAAAUAUAAUGCAUAUGUUGUUGCAAUAGAUAAACAAUCGGGACAUCAAGAAGUCCAUCAUUUGGAUGCAGUUAAGGCAUUCAAGGAAAAUUUGAAUGUUUCUAUUGAAACAAUAUCAUCGUUAGCUACAUGUGUUACACUUGGAUCAAUGGCUACAACUGUGGAUUCGUUUUAAAAAAAGUUUAUAUUCUAUACAAAAUGUAUGUUUUUCUGUGUACUUAGAUUACUCUUUUUCUUUUUUUAUUUAUAUUUUAUGUAUUUGAUUUUCAUUUUUAACAUAAUUGUUAGAAUAAUAAUUUUAUUUAUCUUAAAGUCCACUAAAUUUCAUAGAUUACUAUGUUUACGUUGGAUAUUAAUGAUUUUCUUUGAUGUACUAUAUUCUAUGAAUUUGAAUUUAAUUACACGCGUGUGUGUAAUAUGUUUAUAUGAAUUGUCAUUUCUUAUUGUAAUUCUUUAAUGGUUAUAUAUUAAUAACAUAUAAUAUUAAUAAAGAGAAAUUUUAUAUAUUAA